AUGACCCGUUCUUCGUCCGAAGCCGGCGUCCGCGACGGCGGCAUCCGCAAGAAGAUGCGCAAGGGCACCCACAGCUGCUUCGAGUGCCGCCGGCGCAAGAUCCGCUGCAUCUUCAGCGACGAGCAUCCCGGCGAGUGCACCGAGUGCUUUGCCCGCGGGUCGCGCUGCAUCGACCAAGAGCACGCCGAUCCAGAAGCCAUCGUCGAUAACAGGAAGAACCUCCGUGAGCGCGUCGCCAAGCUCGAGGCCCUCAUCGAGUCGCUCCUCGAUGAUCGCUCGGCCACUGGCGCCGCCGAGACGUUGAGGCGGUUGGGCGCAGACGUCCUCCCGCGAACGCCUCACUCCGAUGCUUCGGCCGGCCAGAGCAAGGCUCCUCUGAUGGCCGUGUUUGACAAUGGAGUCCCCACUGCUGCCCCUGCCCCUGCCCGGAAGCCCGAUCCGCCCGUGCCUGUGGCCCCUACGGCCCAGGUCUACGACUUCGGUAGCAUGCAAUUGUCGUGCGAGUGCGAUGAUAUUGGCAUUCCCAAGGUAAAAAAGUCCAAGGAGAAGCGCACACGGGACACGCUCCUCACGCUCCUUCCGCCCAAGGACGUGGUCGAGGAGGCCGUCACCACCAACGACGACUGGUGGCGCGUCUGGCGCCACAAGCUGGGCGGCACCGCCCGGGGCCGGACUCUGCAGCAGUUUGCUACGCAGACCCUUGACAAGGGCAGCCCCGCCGAGGUGGGCGUCCUUCUCCUGUGCGUCGGUGUUGCGCUAGACCUGGAAAACCUCAACAACUCGCUAGCAUUGGUUGACGCCUUGAUCAUAUCGGACGAUGAGUAUGCAGCGACGGUCGAGGGCAUGGAGUGCGCCAUUCUGGUGUCCAAGUGUUACUCGGAGAUCGGCCAGCCGCGCAGAGCCUGGCUUGCCGCCCGUAAGGGCCUGACGUACGCACAGCUUAUGGGUCUCCACCGAAGCCAUGCGACCAACGAGACGUGGGACAGUGUCUGGUGGAGCCUGUACCAGACGGACCGCUUUCUGAGCUUGCUGCUCGGCCUUCCGUACGGCAUUUCCGACGCCCAUUGCGACAUGAACUAUUUUGGCAAGGAUAAAGACACCGACGGGCAACGCGACUUCAUGCUGAAGCUUUCGGUCUUGGCUGGCAAGGUCAUCGACCGUACUCAGGGCGUGCACGAGCUGUCUCUUGGCGCUGCGCUCGAACUCGACCAGGAGCUCGACACCCUGGUCGAUUCCAUGCCCGCCGGAUGGUGGGACACGCAGUCCCAGCUGCUCCAUGCCAUAGACCCCGUGCAGAUCGUGACGUUGCGCGAGAGGCUCCUGGCUCAGAUAUGCUUCCAGCAACUACGAGUAUACCUGCACCUGCCGUUCAUGCUGCGGUCGGCUUCGGUACCCAACUCGGCAAAGUUCGAGUACAGCCGCAGCACGUGUUACAACGCAUCGCGAGAGCUCCUGACCCUCUACCACUUCUUGCGGGGCGGGAACGGCGAGCCGUUGUACGAGUGCAAGGUCAUCGAUUUCCUCGGCUUCACAGCCGCAGUAUUGAUCAUGCUGGGCCUUCUCGGGUAUUCCCGGCUCCACAAUGCCAACAGUGCGGCAACCCACCCUAGUCAAAAUGUGCUUACCGAAGAGCAAGAUUGGCGACUCAUGGAGAUGACGAUGGAUAUCUUCGGCCGCGCUUCGAACGAGAAGGGCGGCAAAGUUGCAGCCCAGAGCCUGAAAGUGUUACAACAGCUGUCCAGCGUCAGGAACCGCGAUGUAGCGGGCGAGGAAACGGACUGCACCCAAAGGAUUGUCAUACCCUACUUCGGCGCCAUUACGAUUCGCAGGGGCAAGAACCUCAGCCAUGCCUUGGCCAAGAAGAGCAAUGCAGUCACGAGGGCUAACGAGACGAGCAACGUCUCGCUUGCAGCGACGGCUCCAGGCGUAGCAGCAUCGGCGCAUAGCAUGUCUCCUCCAACGACAGUUCAACAGCACGCGUACCUUCCUUCUCCGUCGACAUCCCAGAACCAGCACUCCAACGCAAGCUCGGUGAAUGGCGACCCUAACGGCCUCAACAAUCCUUACAUCGCCUACGAUCCCUUCCUGUUCCCUGGUGCCGUCGAUCCGCAAUCGUGGGCACCGGGGGAGGACGGACUGGACAGCCUGAUGAGUGGCAGCCACGGGGGGCCAUGGCAGAAUCUCGUGUCGAACAUGGACAUAGAUCAAGAUUGGGCGUGGUAUAUGGGCGGACAGAUGGCGGGAUCGCAAGCAAUGCCUCCGGCCUGA